AGGGGCCCCACAUCGCUCUCUCUCAUCACGAUACUCUUGGCGCCUUGAACCGAGCGCAAUUGCGACUUGCUAUCACCACUUUGAGAGUGUAAAUCAGCAGAUUUUGUGAAAGGAGCGAACGAUUUCGCCCGCAUUCUUCUCUUUCUGGAUUCAAUCCUUUCCAGAACGGAAAUUGAAGGAAGAGAGAUAUGGUUUACACCCUCUCCGGCCUCCGAUUGCCCGCUGUCGCGCCGGUUUACAAGCAUCUCGGAUCGACCUCGCACGCUGAUCGCCGGAAUGCCAAUCCCUCUCUCUCUCUGAAAAGGAAUUCGUUUUCUUCAUGGAAGAUCUUUGCCGGAAAUACUUCCUAUGAAUCCGAACCCUCUUCUUUUAGAGUUGCAGCAUCAGAGAAGGUCCUUGUUCCUGGUGGCGAGGGCGAGGGAUCAUCGUUUCCAACUGAUCAGUUAGAGGUUGCUGAGGCAUUAUCAGAAGAUACCCAAGUAUGUGUAUCGGCUGACGUGGAUAAUGUGAAGAUGGAAGAGAACAGCAACAGUGAAAGCAAUGUGGAUUUCGUCAAAGUAGCAAGUGAUUCUAAAGAAAGCGUUCAAGAGCAGGAUCACACGUCUUCACUUCAAUUUGAAGAAGAUGGUAAUGUGGAAGUUUCACAAAAACCAGAGACUUUGGAUGACAUCAGUGCUGAAUCUGAAAUGGUGAAAAAGAGGGCCAUUCCUCCACCUGGACUUGGUCAGAGGAUCUAUGAGAUAGACCCUCUCUUGAAAAAUUUUCGUGACCAUCUUGAUUAUAGGUUUUCGCACUAUAGGAAAAUCCGGGAAGCAAUUAACCAGUAUGAGGGUGGCUUGGAAGUAUUCUCUCGUGGCUAUGAGAAAUUAGGUUUCACUCGGAGUGCUACAGGUAUCACCUAUCGGGAGUGGGCUCCUGGAGCCACGUGGGCAACACUCAUUGGAGAUUUCAACAAUUGGAAUCCAAAUGCUGAUGUUAUGACUCGGAAUGAAUUUGGUGUUUGGGAGAUCUUUUUGCCAAACAAUGCAGAUGGCUCACCUGCAAUUCCACAUGGCUCUAGAGUGAAGAUACGUAUGGACACUCCUUCAGGCAUUAAAGACUCUAUUCCCGCUUGGAUCAAUUUCUCUGUACAAGCUCCUGGUGCAAUUCCUUAUGAUGGAAUAUACUAUGAUCCUCCAGAAGAGGAGAGGUACAAAUUUCAACAUCCACGGCCAAAAAGACCAAAGUCACUGAGAAUAUAUGAAUGUCAUAUUGGAAUGAGUAGUCCGGAGCCUAAAAUAAAUACAUAUGCAGAGUUUAGAGAUGAUGUACUUCCUCGUAUAAAGAAGCUUGGCUACAAUGCUCUCCAGAUAAUGGCCAUUCAAGAGCAUUCUUAUUAUGCUAGCUUUGGCUAUCAUGUUACGAAUUUCUUUGCACCAAGCAGUCGUUUUGGGACUCCAGAUGAUCUUAAAUCUUUGAUUGAUAGAGCCCAUGAACUUGGACUGGUUGUUCUAAUGGAUAUUGUGCACAGUCAUGCGUCAAAUAAUACUUUGGAUGGACUGAACAUGUUUGAUGGUACAGAUAGUUGUUAUUUCCACUCUGGAACCCGGGGUUAUCAUUGGAUGUGGGAUUCUCGUCUCUUCAACUAUGGAAACUGGGAAGUACUGAGGUAUCUGCUCUCAAACGCAAGAUGGUGGUUGGAUGAGUACAAGUUUGAUGGGUUCAGAUUUGAUGGUGUGACUUCAAUGAUGUAUACUCAUCAUGGGUUGAGUGUAGGAUUCACCGGAAACUACAGUGAAUAUUUUGGGUAUGCAACCGAUGUUGAUGCUGUGGUGUAUCUGAUGCUCGUCAAUGAUCUCAUUCAUGGUCUCUUCCCUGAAGCCAUAACCAUUGGUGAAGAUGUUAGUGGCAUGCCAACAUUUUGUAUUCCCGUCAGAGAUGGAGGCGUAGGUUUUGACUAUCGGCUUCAUAUGGCAAUUCCCGAUAAAUGGAUUGAGAUUCUCAAGAGAAGAGAUGAGGAUUGGCAAAUGGGUGAAAUUGUUCACACACUUACUAACAGAAGAUGGCUGGAAAAAUGUGUUUCUUAUGCUGAAAGUCACGACCAAGCUCUUGUUGGUGAUAAAACUAUAGCGUUCUGGUUGAUGGACAAGGACAUGUAUGACUUCAUGGCUCUGGAUAGACCAGCAACGCCAGUAAUAGACCGUGGAAUAGCAUUGCAUAAAAUGAUCAGACUUAUAACUAUGGGAUUAGGAGGAGAAGGAUAUCUAAAUUUCAUGGGGAACGAAUUUGGUCACCCAGAGUGGAUUGAUUUCCCUAGAGGUGAACAACGCCUUCCUGAUGGUUCAGUUCUCCCUGGAAACAAUUUCAGCUAUGAUAAAUGCCGUCGUAGAUUUGAUCUGGGUGAUGCAGAUUAUCUAAGAUAUCGGGGCAUGCAAGAAUUUGACCAAGCUAUGCAUCACCUUGAAGAAAAAUAUGGCUUCAUGACGGCAGAACACCAGUACAUAUCACGCCAGGACGAAGGAGAUAGGGUGAUCAUUUUUGAAAGGGGUGACCUGGUGUUUGUCUUCAAUUUCCACUGGACAAAUAGUUAUUCGGAUUACCGUGUAGGCUGCUUAAAGCCGGGAAAAUAUAAGGUAGCCCUGGACUCUGACAGUCCGCUGUUUGGAGGCUUUGGCCGAGUUCAACCCGAUGCAGAAUUUUUCACAUUCGAAGGGUAUCACGAUGAUCGUCCUCGUUCCUUCAUGGUGUACGCACCCAGUAGAACUGCAGUGGUGUACGCUCUAGUGAAGGAGGAGGACAAAGCAAAACCAGUUGAGGAAUGAGCUUUUGAGGUGCACUCCAUGGACGGUGGACGCCAUUUUGAUGCCAACACGCCCAUCAUCCUCUCAUACCAAAAACGCGCUCCAUGUUGAAACACAGCAGUCGCCAGCCAUGAACAUAACUUCGCUUGCCAACUCUCCUCUCCAUUCUUUCAUUCCAAACCGGACCAAAAAUGCAUCAGAUGGAGAGAGCAUGGUAAGGAUGAAAUUAAAGCUCGGAUAAAUUAGCGAGGAAGCAGUAGUUAGUGUCUUCUCCACUCUCGUUUCUAUGAUUUCUUGCUUUUCCAUUCUGUAAAAUCUGCUCUGUAUUUUCUGUAUUGCCAUAACUUCUCUUGGCAUGUAUUUCCCAGCAGAUAAUAUUUGUUGGCUAUAAUGCUAAGAUUAAGAGGAAAAUAAAAACUGCAUUUCAUUCUCCA